AUGAAAGUAUCUGAAAUUGCGUUCGCAGUAUCUGCAACUAGCGGAAUAACUUUGACGAUAUCUUUGUUGGCUGCGGUCUACAUCUACAAUGAUGUGCAAAGUAUUUGGAUGGAGCUCGACUUUGAAAUCGAUAAAUUCAGAGUUAAUAUGAUUGUAAUGGGACGUAUGCGAAAUAGAAAUAGACGUGCGGCUGGAUCCGCCAGUGAUGGUCAAUCUGAACUGGACGGCAAACUAACAAGAGCGAGAGUCAAGAGAGAGGAAACGUAUACAGCUGGUGAAAUAGGCACUGCUUAUGGACCACCUGGUGUUAAGGAUGCAUCACCAAGUGCAUGUUGCGUAAUAUUUGAACAACGAUUUUUAGCUUGUCGUGCAGAGAACAAAUGCCCGGCAGGAUUACAAGGAUCAAAAGGUGCCAGCGGUGAGGCAGGAGAAGCAGGCACAUCAGGAGUCGAUGGUAAGAAGGGUCUUGAUAUGUUCGACGAGAAUCGCAUGGCCGAUGAUCCUAAUAUGUGUCACUAUUGCCCACCCGGGCCACCUGGUUCGCCAGGAGCUAUUGGUCGGCCAGGAGCACGAGGUAUGGCCGGAUCGGUUGGUGUAUUUGGAAUGGCUGGACGUAACGGGCAGCCUGGUGCAUCUGGCUUAGCAGGUCUUCCUGGUCAAAGGGGAAGCGAUGGACCAAUUGGGCCACAAGGUAUGAAAGGUUCUGAUGCCCUACAAGUGGUUGGCGCCAAAGGACCGAAAGGACUUUGUGGCGUUACUGGGGCAAGAGGUAGUUAUGGUAUUCCGGGUAAAAACGGCGACUUUGGUGAAGCAGGCCCACAAGGACCUCAAGGUGUGAUCGGAGUACAAGGACCAUCUGGACCAGACGGAGCGAUGGGUCGCCAUGGUGAAGUAGGAAGAACAGGGCAAGAUGCCGAGGUGAGCAUUUCUAACCAUUGGAUGUUAGAUAGGCCUUUCAAGCUAGGAUCUAAAUAG